UGUUCUCAGUCCGCGUCGCGACGCGCGCCCGUCGUCAUGGGUCGCAACUGCUCCGGCUGGGUCUGCGUCAACGACAACGAAACUGACAUAAAUUCCUUCUACUUCUAUGAGACGGAGCAGUUCGUGAUACUAUGGUUGUUGUUCGCGCUGAUAGUUCUGGGAAACUCAGCAGUGAUCGUGGCGUUGCAGUGUGGCAACCGCAAGAAGUCGAGGAUGAACUUCUUCAUCAUGCAACUGGCAGUGGCAGAUCUGCUGGUAGGAGUGCUGAGUGUGUUGACGGACAUUGUAUGGCGCAGCACGGUGGCGUGGAACGCUGGCAACAUCGCCUGCAAAGUGAUAAGAUUUUCACAGGCGGUGGUGACGUAUUCCUCAACAUAUGUACUGGUGGCGCUCAGCAUAGACAGGUACUACGCCAUCAUGUAUCCAAUGAACUUCUCCGGCAGCUGGAGGAGGGCCAGACUGCUGGUUGUGGGUGCCUGGACACUGGCUCUGGUGCUGUCUGUCCCCAUCGGAGUGUUGUACCACGUACGUCCAGUGCAGGGCAGACCUCAGUGUUGGAUUGAGUUCAGUGAGCCCUGGCAGUGGCAGUUGUAUAUGACUCUGGUCGCUACUGCUGUGUUUGUAGCUCCUGCCUUCAUCAUAUCCAUCUGCUACGCUCUCAUCGUCACGACUAUCUGGGCCAAGAGUAAACUGUAUACUCAUAAGCCAACACUGGAUGACACAAGGAGAGCAAGUUCUCGAGGAAUCAUUCCACAAGCAAAAGUGAAGACUGUCAAAAUGACUUUUAUUAUUGUUCUAGUUUUUGUGUUAUGUUGGAGUCCCUACAUAGUGUUUGACCUGCUGCAAGUAUACGGCUACAUUCCACGUACACAGAGCAACAUCGCGUUGGCAACACUGAUCCAGAGUCUGGCUCCGCUAAACAGUGCUGCCAACCCUAUAAUCUACUGUAUGUUCAGUGCGAGCAAAGCCACCAGAUAAAUAUUCAGUCUCAAUCUCAACCACUCUAAUAUUACGGUACGACUCUCAAUGACCCGACACUUAUGUGACCAGGAGGGUAUUCGAUUUUAACAUUUUGGAUAACCUAAAAAUAAUACUAAAUUAAAACCAAUAAGUUGAGAAGUCAACAUAUGAAGCUUUUUGUACUUCUCGACAAUUGGAAGUUUUUAAAUUAAUCAGUUGGUCCAUUCUUUAAAAAUCAAUAUUUAUUAAAUACAACAACUAUUUGAUUUCACUUAUUGACUCUCUCAUCAAAAGAGAACAGCUUUAUCUCGUAGGCCUGAAUAACUUUAAACUCUUUAAUUGCCAGAAAAUACGUAUUGUCAUAAAAAUACAUUGGUACAUCAGUAAUUACAUCAAUAUUUAUACAGUUACAGUUUCCUAGUUUAUGGUAUUUAAACUAUAAAUCAAAGUCAAUGGCAGUACAGGUUGCAGUCUUAAAUUAUUUAACAUUGUAAAAAAGAAUUGUACAUUAAAAAGUACAUAAGCUUAAUUCUAAAACAUUUUUUCAUGGAGGUCCAUGUACAAACCUUCAAUAUAAAUUAAAUCGAGCCUAUCCGUAUUAUGCUGAUAAAGUCAAGUAAUGUAUAUUAAGUUAAAUUGGUAUACAACCAAAGCACAGGAGUUUAUCAGUACAAAUUAAUUGUAUCUGUAGUCAAGUAAAAAAAUGUGGAAAUAGCUGCAAAGACAGAGUUUGUCUUCUGUCUGUAAGCAAUUGAAAUUCCAGUAUUGUAUUGUAAGAUAUUAACCGAGGACUUGAUCAUGGCAGCGUUAGUUUUCCGAGAGUGUCAGAUUAUCGAGGGUCAGCUGUACACUUACGUAUACUAUUCUUAUAAAGCCAACAGUGGCGCUAACGUUAGGGAUUUAAGCACUUGUCUAUUAUAAUGUCCUUUAUGUACGGUUACUUGAUUUGAAACUUUAGUAUAUUGUAUAUGUGAUAUUUUUUAGACUUCUAUUAAGCCAUAAGAUUUAGACUUGGAUUGAAAGUGAAAUUUUGUAGUCACUUUGGCUUCAUGUUCCUAUGUGAAUGUCGACCUUCACUCCAGUAAUCAAUAUUCUGAUAAAAAAACCAACAAGAUAAUUCAAUUGUUCAUUGUUAAUAUUAUGGGUUUCCAGAUAGAACAAUUUAAAGAAAUAUAAUAUUUUUACACUUUUUCUUACAGAGUUAAGGAGAAAGUUUGUAACAGUAUAUUUUGUAUCAGUUGGACAUAUUACUUACCGAUACUGUUAUUUACUGAACAAAUACAGUUUGGGUUAAUGUGAAAUGUGAAAUGUUUCAUUAUUAAAUGUUCACAUUGUAAGGUGUUACAAGAACAAAACCUGAUACUUGUGUUUAAUAAGAAUAAUUUAAUCAGUUAUUUUAAUUUCCAUCUAAAAAAACACAGAGGUUGAACUAAGGCUAAAUACUACAGUAUUUAUCAGUCGAUAUUUUACAUUACAGCCACUGCCAGAGAAAAUAUUUUGGAAUGUGAUUUACACAAUAAAAUAGACAAUAUUGUAAAUAUGUAUUUAUUACCAUGUUGUUUGUAUACCGAAUAAGCUUAAUGUUGUUAAAUGUAUUUAUGAUAAUUCGUAUCACA